UUGGGUGACAUCACAGCAGUGGUGACAUCAUCACUGCAUCGUGACAUCACUAGAUGGAACACUGAUGAAUUAAAGGAGUGGUGACAUCAGAAAGGAGCGGUGACAUCAUAAAGGAGUGACAUUCAGGAGAGAGUCCCAGAAUCACACAACUGUAGUUGAAUCUGAAGACUCGAUCAGACAAAACACAUUGACUGAGAGAAGCAGUUGUCUCAAGAGGAAGAGACUUUCUACUGAGAGAAGCAGUGAAUUUCUCUCCAAAAACCACAAAGCAUCGACAAGAAUUGACCGUAAAUCAGCAUCAUGGUAUCAUCAAGAACUUCCCAGCCAGAAGCCAUCAUGCCAGAGUUCAACGUCCGUCACGUUGUUUCCAAGCUGCUCAACUCCUUCUUUAAGGGGAUGACGGCGGAUCAGUGGGGAUUUUUGAAAUCCGGCAGCCCCGACGACGCCACUAUGACCAUGAUGGGAGAGUUGCUGUUGGACAUGACAGCGGCCUUGACAAAAUCUUUCCUGAAAUCUCUGGGGAGCACGACCCUGGCGUCUGAGGACGACGUCCAAAUCAAUCUGGGCGACACAAUCUCUCAGGGUUUUGCCGAAGCUCUGGGCGUCGACGUCUCAGUUCAGUGUCCGAGCUCCAAAAGCUUGACGACAUUGAUCUCUGAAGAGGUUUCGGAGAGCGUCCGAAGUGCCCUCUCCAGCCCCGAGGGCAUAGUUCAGCGCCUCACACCUCCCAGCAGACUCAACAACAUGAUUCUGCACGCCUGCAAAAUGUGCCAGGCGUUCAUCGGCAAGAUGAAGUCGGUGUUCUCGCCUCGACCGCGCAAGCAGAGGACCAUCUGCGAACAAUCAGAUGUGGAACCGGAACCCUCAGACGCCGAAGACCGCCAUGCGGUAACGCCUUCGUCGGACGUCGUGAUUGCGAUGAAAGACAUCACGUAUGUCACAAUCAUCAUUAAGAAGCAGUUGAACGACAUCACGGACCCUCUCUUGGUUGACGUGCCGGACUCCGAGUACGCGCUGCUGCAAUCUCAAAACUCUCGGGAGAUUGAAGACGUCGCGGAAGAAAUCGCUCGGAGUAUCGCCGAAGAUGCUGUAAAGCACGAGGGAGGAGUCAGUCUUACCUGCGCUGGGUCAAACUCUCAGCAGAGCUUCCCAGCGGAGCAGAGCCCGCCUCUCAGCCUCCAGCUGAAACCCAACACCUGUGACAUCAUGCAUGUAGACAUGGACUGCUGGCCGGCCCCUGCUCUCAGAGCUGCAGGCUGUUCACUGCUCUUCACUCCCAGGAGAGAUCAGCAGCUCUGA